CGAUCGACCUGGGGACGAAAGUGCUGUCUCCGCUGGUGUUUCCGACGCACACGCCUUCCUGAAUCGCGUCGAGACGCGCGACAAGCAUGCCCUUCCAACCGGAGAGAUAAAUCAUCCACACAAUUCAUUCGCCAUUGGGCCGCCGCGAGGCUUUUGUCAAGAUUAUGACAGACAAGUUGCCACCGCUGUCGACGCCGAUCGCGCUUCCCAGUCAGUCCGCUUUCUCGCCUGCGAGUAACGUUUCAGUUCGAGAUGUCCCUCGAAAGCAAGAAACGGUAGAAGAGGAGCCAUACACAAUCAAGUGUAUUUGCGACUUUCCUGACGAUGACGGAAAUACGAUCUUCUGCGAGACGUGCGAGACGUGGCAGCACAUUGAGUGCUACUACCCCGACAAUGUCGAAGAUGCCCUUCGUCCAAACUUUGCGCACUCAUGCGCCGAGUGCGAGCCGCGAUCCCUCGACCGCCAACAAGCGAUCGCUCGCCAGAGGGCGAGAACCGCUGUCCCAAUUGUAGAAGCGGCGGCUGACAGAAAAACAAAGCGACCUCCGUCCAAGAGCCAUAAGAAGAAACAGAAAUCAUCGGAGCUCCAAAUUAAUGGUGUUAACCACGGGUCAUCCGAAGCGCUCAAGCACACCAGCCCACAGGACAACCUCCAUCCCGCGAAGAAGACAAAGAGUUCACACAAGUCAAGCCAAUCAGUCAGUUCUCUGGGCGCCAAGCGCAGCCCUUCGCACGGGAAUGCAAAGGCCACACAUAGCCAUCCUUUGAGUCCUGCGACAACACCACCCGAUCUUCUCGACGGUUUCGAGCCUCACAAUUUCUCGUCAGGAUUUUUGUCGCUUUACAACGACCAGGAUUACCAGAUCGUCAAUACCAACAGCUUCGCGGAUUUGAGGAUCUCCAAUACGAUGUCGGCAUGGCUGCGCGACGAGGAAAAAAUGCGGAGCGAGACUGGUGUCUCCUACGAGGACGUCUUCCGAAAACUCCCUCCCAACAUCGAUGCGAUCAAGGUCACGCCUGAGGUGGAGCAAAACCAGCAGGUCAUUGCUCCAAAUACUGUUGUUCAGUGGCGGUGUCUCAAAGCCCCCUCGGCAAUUGAGAAGGACGUCCCCCUCAUCGAAGUCAAUGGCCAAAUAGGUUUCCAGGCUCUCUACUGCGCCGAUCCCCAGAAUCGCUGGGCCGAACUGACCGCGCCGCUUCCAUUUGUCCUCUUCCACCCUGAGCUGCCGCUGUACAUCGACACCAGGAAGGAAGGGUCCGCGGCUCGGUUUGUUCGGCGAAGCUGCAAACCAAAUGCGGUCCUCGAGACAUACAUAUCGGCCGGUAGCGAGUACCAUUUCUGGCUGGUGAGCGACCGGCCGAUUGCGGCGAAGGAGCAGAUCACGAUUUCCUGGGACAACGGGUUCCCGACAGCGGAGAAGACACGUGCCUUCCAAUUGCUUGGCUUGGCCGAUGACAUCAACGGAGACAAUACCGAACAGAACAUCACCGAGGAGGAUUAUCUCAAGUACGGUGGCUGGGCCCGCUCCAUACUCUCCGAGCAUGGAGGUUGCGCGUGCAAUCUAGGUCCCGAAUGUGCAUUUGCGCGGUUCCAUCGGAACUACUUGGCCAAGGCUCAGGCGCGUGCGAAUGCCUCCAAGAGCAAGAAACGCAAGCCUAAAGCGCAGCAGCACGCCAUCUCUCCCACGAGCACAGGGCAUGCAACCAACAGUCGGGCCGCUAGCGAAGGGCGCUUGGAAGACAUUCCCGAGCACGACCGGAGGUCUGUGUCCUCCUCCUCGCGAAGCAAGCCGCCCAGCCGCGACAUGACUCCAACGGUGCGCCAGGGGUCGUUUGAUAUGCUCGGCAUAUUGACCGAACCCACAGACCGAGACAAGAGAAAAGUGGCGAUGGUUGAGGACACUUUCCGUCGUAUGGAACAGCAGCAACAGCAACAACAGCAACCACAUCGCAAGAGGAAACGUGCUUCCGAUGGGACCCACAAUUCACAAGCAAAGGCAUCAAAGGCUUCCUCUGCGACCAAUACCCCCAAUCUUCCCACGGGGUUCACAGACCGCGGCUACGUUGAUGCGGGAACUGGAACCCCGAGGGGCAAGUCUGGGUCACCCAGCGGCGUGAGUCCCACCCAUCUUGGCCAUGCCCGCAGAAACCCGACGUCCAGGAAUACACCGGCGCCCGCUCGCUCUCGUCCUAGCUCGACCGCGCCGCGAUUGAAGUAUUGCGAUGCCGCGGUGCAGACGGAUUCUCACGACACAAGCGACACGGCAACUCCGAAGAGGAGGGUGGGAUGGUGCUUAAGGAAACGGAUGUUAGAGAACUGGCACCAGGUCCGCCUUGAGGAGGAAGAGCGCGCCAAACGCCGCGCCGUAGAGAGCCCACUCUCAGCCAUGAGUGGAGAGAGCCAUGGCGCUCAAGAUGCGCCUUUGUCAUCCCCCGCCACCAGAGACGCGGAGAAAGGUUUGGCUACCGAUGCUUCGAUUGGCGAGCCGAAAGACCUUCCGAUGGCGGAUGCACGACUCGUUUCCCAAACGGACAGCGCUGCCGGAGGAGAUGGUUCGGCCAGUAGUAGCCUGGCCAAAAACAAGUCGCUCGACCUUCGAGUAGAAAUGCCCCCGUUCCCGGCUUUCGCAACGCCGGCCUCUGUUGCUUCUCCAGCAUCAACACCUGUUUCGGCCGUUCCUAAAACGGCCCAAUCGCCGUUCUCGGUAACAAGCCUUGCAAGCGGAUUCCCGCCGCCGUCUGUCAACGGCGUAGCGCCGAGCCCGAGCCCGAGCCCUGUCAAGAAGAAACUCAGCCUUAGCGACUACAAGAGCAGGAUGAACAAGGCUGCCGCUGCCCGGCCGUCCGUAGCGACGGCGUUAUUAAAGCCUGUCUCGAGCGCAGACGAACCCAAGUCAGCCGCAAGCGCAGAUGGCGGUGCAUCAGCUGGCUCCCCAAUACCGGAGAAGCCCGCCGAAGGCGGCGGCAGCUGAUGGGACAACGGCGGAGGCGAUCACAAAUUCUGCCCUGUAUGACUAGAUAGACGGCGACCAAAGAGCGACAGUCACGAUAUUCAUUUCUCAUC